UUACCAUGUGAAGUCAAAGUCUUGCCAUUUUCUACCUAUUCUUUAUAUCUUCUCUUUGGAAGAAGUGUGUGAAGUGAAGCUCAAAUGAGUUAAGAUUCAAGACACAGAAACAAGGAAGAAGAGUAACAACAACCAUGUCAGAAUCAAACGCAAUUGCAAAUGGUUUGGCUGGUGCAGGUGGUGGAAUUAUUGCUCAAAUCAUAACUUAUCCUCUUCAAACGGUAAACACGCGCCAGCAAACUGAGAGAACACUCAAAAGGAACAAGCAAAGUUUGCUUCCACAGUCCUCCAACUCGACCAAAGCUCCUGGCACUCUUCUUCAGAUCUUUCAGGUCAUUGGAAGUGAGGGUUGGGGUGGACUCUAUAGUGGCCUCAAGCCUUCUCUUCUUGGAACUGCUGCUUCUCAGGUUAUCAAGUUUCAGUUUUUAACCAUACCCCAUAAUAGCCUUUGCCCAUUAUUCAGUAUUCACCAGUCAUAAAGAUGCAAAGUUCAA